CAGCCACCUCGGAAACGGAAGCAGAAGAAGGAGAAGCAGCAACGGCUGCUCUGCUUCCUUCCAUCUCGCUCUUGGGACAUGCCAGCCAGCAGGAAGCAGCUCCAUGAGAGCCACGGAGGAUCUCACAGCCACAGUCUAACAGUAACACAGAGGAGGCCCUCGAUCUUCUCUGCCCAGGGACCACUCUUCUCCAACCCAGAGAUGGGUCAGCUGAUGGCUCACACAACGUCACUUCCUUCAAAGCCCAGGCAUCUGUUUAAAAUCUGACUCUGUGAAGACUUUUCCUAUUUGGGAAAAGCUCUUCCGUUUGCCUGCACAGAUUUGUGCUCCUUUUUUAAAUUUCAAUUUUUGUAGAGGAGGCGGGUUCUUGCUUUGUUGCUUCGGCUGAUCUCAAACUCCUGGGCUCAAGUGAUCCUCCUACCUUGGCCUCCCAGAAUGCUAGGAUUACAGGCAUGAGCCACCAUACCAGGAUGGACUUGUCUUCCUUCAGGAGACAGUAGCUAAUGUGUGUCCCUGGCCCUUCUCCCCUAGAAUUCAGCAGUGGCCACCAUGGGUUCUGUGAAUUCCAGAGGUCGCAAGGCAGAAGCCCAGGUGGUGAUGAUGGGCCUGGACUUGGCAGGCAAGACCACGCUCCUUUACAAGCUGAAGGGCCACCAGCUAGUGGAGACCCUGCCCACUGUUGGAUUCAACGUGGAGCCUCUGGAAGCUCCUGGGCACAUGUCACUGACUCUCUGGGACAUUGGGGGGCAGGCCUCGCUCAGGACCAGCUGGAAGGACUAUCUGGAAGGUGUAGAUAUCCUUGUAUAUGUGCUGGACAGCACAGAUGAAGCCCGCUUACCCGAGUCGGCGGCUGAGCUCGAGGAAGUUGUGAAUGACCCCAACAUGGCUGGUGUUCCCUUCUUGGUGCUGGCCAACAAGCAAGAGGCACAUGAUGCACUUCCAUUGCUUGAGAUCAGAAACAGGCUGAGUCUAGAGAGAUUCCAGGACCACUGCUGGGAGCUACGGGGCUGCAGUGCCCUCACUGGGGUGGGACUGCCUGAGGCCCUGCAGAGCCUGCGCAGCCUCCUGAAAUCUCGCAGCUGCCUGUGUCUCCAAGGAAGAGCCAGUGGGGCUGAGUGCCGACACAGCAAGAGAUCUUGACCCGGACAGAGCUGCAUAUCUUUGCUCAUACAAACUGGAAGCACCAGCCGAUCCCUUGAGAAACGCUCAGUCUAGCAAACAAGAAAUCCUGGCUUCGCCUGUAAUCCCAGCACUUUGGGAGGCCACCGUGGGAGAAUCCCUUGAGCACAGAAAUUGGAGAGCAACAUUACAAGACCCCAUUUCUACCAAUAAUUAAAACAUUGGCCAGGCAUGGUGGCAUGUGCCUCUAGUCCCAGGCACUUGGAGGCUGAGGGAAGAGAAUCGCUUCAGCCUAGGAGGUGGAGGGUGCGGUGAACCAGAUUGCACCCCUACACUCCAGUCUGGGCGACAGAGUGAGACCCUGUCUCAAUAAUAAUAAUCAUAAUAAUAUUCUAAGAAAAAAAUCUCAACACACUUCAUUUAAUAGCUCAUCACCAAGUGUGAAUGAAACAACAUGUCAUAAUAGAAUGGCCACUGGUUGCAUAACAAUAAAGACCUAAAUUCACAAAUAGGGAAAGAGGUUUUAAAAUCAAAUUUGCGGCCAGAUGCGGUGGCUCUUGCCUGUAAUCCCAGCACUUUGGGAGGCCAAGGAGGACAGAUCACUUGAGGCCAGGAGUUUGAGACCUGCCUGGCCAACAUGGUGAAACCCCAUCUCUACUGAAAAUGCAAAAAUUAGACAGGUGGUGGUACAGGCCUGCAGUCCCAGCUACUCAGGACCCUGAGGUAGGAGAAUUGCUUGAACCCAGGAAGUGGAGGUUGCAGUGAGCUGAGAUCACGCUACUGCACUCCAGCCUGGUGACAGAGUGAGACUCUGUCUCAAAAAAAAAAAAGAAAAGAAAAGAAAAGAAAAAGUCAAAUUCAAAUAUCAUCUGGACAUGUCACAGUGGAUCGUGGAUCCUUCUGAGUGAUUUUCCCCAGGAGCCCCUGGGGAUGUGCCAUUGUCACUCUGAAGGCAAACUGGUCAGAGCCCACACAACAGCAGAGGUCUGCAGGUUAGACAUUCCCUGGGACGCUCAGCCCUGGGCAAGAGGCUGGAAGUUCAUGCCAUCCAAAAUUUAUCCUUUUUUUUCUGAUGCUGAUUAGCCUCUCCCCAUUUUACGGCACUGCGUUGAUCCUUUUCAUAGACUCAUUUUCUUAUUUUUUCCUUCUCUUUUCUCCUUCUUGUAGCAUAUAUCUUUCCUUAAAGAUCAGAUCAAUCAUAUAUUUUGCUUAUUCAUUCAUUUGACCAAAAAACCCGUAGAGUAUUUAGUUUGUGGCAAAAGCACUGAGCUUUCGAAUAUGAAUCACGUGCUUUAGAUGGGCGGUGUGAAUUCUGAAGAUACAGAUGACAGCGAUUGACGCCUUCUGUCUCAUGAUUGAGAGGGAAGUGGGAAGUUGACCACAGCAUCCUAGAAGGGCCAUCAGGUGAUCAAAAUUACUUGCAUUCAAAAUUACUUGCAAAAUGUUAUGCUUUGGGCCAUUUUUCCAGGGAAGAAGAUUCAGAACUUUUUACCAGAUUUUCAGACAUCUGUGACUCCCAAAAGUUAAGAAUCACUGAUGUGAUUGUUGUAUCCCUCAUCCAACCCCAGAUUACUUUCUGUAAUUGGAGGUUUUUAAUGGCAAGCAGCUUAUAUUUAGCACCUGUUCUCAUGUUAAAGGGCUGUAAAUGUUAGAUAUCCCUUCUUAUCCUGGAUUGGCUCUCUCUCUGGAGUACAUCCAUGUAAAUUGGCCAUCAGUACCCUUCUAAAAUCUGAGAUCUGCCAGGCCCCUCUUCUAACACCAGGUUAAGCAUGCCUGGCUAUUUCCAGUACUUGUCAAUCGACAUACUCCAAGAUUCUGUGUGAGAAACUAGGAAUGCAAAGUCGAAUGAGAUAAGGCCUCAGACCCCAUGGAAGGUGAGGCAGUAAAGACAUAACUCCCAUAAAAAUGUGAGGAGACAGACUCAGUUCAGCAACUGUUUACUGAGCACUUACUUGGACCAAGCUCUGUGGUCUUGGUAUUUUACAUAGACUAAUUCUCACAACUCUAAAAAAUACAUAUAUUCCCAUUUCAUAACAUUACAAACUGAGGCUUAGAGAGGUUGUGACCUCUUGUCUCUUGAGGCAGAGAGUUAUAAAGUAACACAUCUGGAAUUUGAAAUCAGAUCUGCUUAGCACUAAUGCUGCAUUUUUCUACAACAUCAUGCUUUUAGAAGGUUUAAGCUAGGUAGGUAGGCUUUCGGUCAGCAGGCAUGAUGGGGAGAGCCUUCUAAUAUGAGGGAAGAGACUGUUUGGAAGCAUGGGUCGGGGGCUAUAAGAAGGAUAAGUAAGAGAGUGUACCUCCAAUAGGGUCUUGGAAUGAGGGGUGGGUGAGGCUGACAUGAUAGAAAACAAAACUGGAACAGAAGUUUAGGUCCAAGUUGGGCAAGGUUGUUUGAAUUUCAAAAAUCAGGGGUUUGGGUCAAGGAAGAAAAAUCAUGAGACUUGCCAUUUAGGAGGAUACCUCUGUGGCAGUAUAGGAGUGAAAUAAAGAGAAAAUGGGAUCCUGGACCUGGGAAGUCAGGGAAACCAGCUAGAUGACCAGCACACAGCAGAGGAGGGAGAGGAAGAGAGAUGAGAAAAAUGAGAGCUAUUAUGAAGAAAAACAGUUGAGAGAGGAAGAAUUUGGAGAGGGCUCAAGAUUUUGAGUCUGCAUGACGGAAUGACUGGAGUGCCAUGAACUUGAGAAGGUGAGCACUGAAGAACCAGGAUGAGAUAGGGGCUGGAACAGCUGGGUUCAGCUUUUGAAAGGUGGGUACAGAUCUGGUUAUAGCCGCUUUCAGAUUGUUCCAUUAUCUGCAGUCCCAACUACCCUGCUUGGAUGUAUUUGUUGGCUCCCACUCAUGGAGGCUCAUUUCCUCACAUGAUAUGUCACUUUUGAUUGUGAGCUCAUUUUCGGUAGGAGUUGUUUUUCCUGUGUGACUCCCAUGUGCCCUGGAUUGUAACAACAUUUCUACAGAGUGGAAUCUACUACGAUCCUGGGGAUUUCAAUUAUUUUAGAUCAAACAUUAUGUCAGUUUCUCUGCCUGGGACUCCUGGACCUCAGAGGUAGUAUACAUCUGAACUGUGCAACCAUUCAAUGAGCAGGCCCUAGGGAUUCCAUAUCUGAAAGGUGCCAUUUUUUCCCUUGCAUCCAUGUUCUAAGAAUGACAACUUGCCUCCUCAGACUUCCCUGAGCUGGUGGGCAGCAUUUUUUAAACCCUCUUUUAAGGAAGGGUCGUCUCUCUGAUGCUUUUCUUUUCUGCUGAGCUCAGAUUAAGAUUUUCUAUCUCCAAGCAAGCCUAAGGCCACAUGUCCUGUUCUCCCCCUGGUGUUUUAAUUUCAGCUCAUUCUCGAGAGCCUAAAUUUGGCUCCUCUACAAUUUCUAUGGACUCCAGGCUUCCAGCUUACACUUACUGCUUUGGCUGUGGUUCCUCUCUUCCAUUUCUGCCACUUGAGGAUUUCCUUUUAUUUUGUCCAAAGACGGCAUGCAUUAAAAAAAAUUUUUUUUUUGUUACAGUUUACCCAACAUUUCUAUGAUUUUUUUUUCACAGGAAGCCCAUUUGCCAUAAUGCUAGAUGUCCUGAACUUGUUUUGAUAAGUGGCCCUGAGCCUUCCCAAGGUGCUGUCAGGACGGUGACAUGAUUAGAUAUGUUCUUAGAAAGAUAUCGUGGGCAGCAGCGUUUGGGUGGAGGUAGCAUCCGGAAGGCAAGGAGACACGUUAGAGGACCAGAGGUGUCUUUUGAUCCAGGUAGACACUAUUGACACCUUGGUCUGCACAAACAGUUCACCACAAAAAGCUGUCAUUUCAUGCCAUAGGCUUGAUUUUUCCUGUUGUCUUGGCAAUCCCUCUGGUUCAGCCAGGCCAGUAGCCUCCUCUCUGACGCCAAGAUGGACCAUGCUCUUCCCCAGCUCCGAGUGUGUGCUCCUUGCCAGAACAGACACAGUGGACAAGAGGACCCUCAGGUGGCUCUGAGUAUUUGCCUUAAGCCCAUCAUCCUUGAAGGCAGACGUGCUUGAUCUUAACAGAGCCAGGAAGUCUCCCCUCAGAUACAAUUUUGGAAAAAGGACAAUGAAAGCAAAAGGUCCUGUUUCCGGUUGAGGGUGUCUAGGUUCUUCCCCUUCUGAACACAGAAUUGGACAAAUGUGCAAACAAAGCAACAAAAGAAAAGCACAGAUUUAUUGAAACAAAAGUACACUCCACAGAGCGGGAGUGGGUCAAGCAAGCAGCUCAAGAACAAGGGUUACAGAAUUUUCUGGGGUUUAAAUACCCUCUAGAGGUUUCCCAUUGGUUAUUUGGUUUAUGCCCUAUGUAAAUGAAGUAGUGGCCCGUGAUCAGACGUAUUAAUUGCAAGAGUUACUAAUCAGAGGGUGAAGUGAAGAUACAAAGUUACCCGUAUGCAAAUAUCUGAUUGAUUGCAGGAAGUGACCAAUCAGAGGCUGAAGUGAAGUUACAAAGUUAUACUCCUCUGCUAAUAAAGACUUGGCCUGCAGCCAGCCUGAUUGGUUGCAGGAGGGGGCCAAUCAGAGGUGCUUUCAGUUUUCAUCUGCAAUGCAGAGGAAGUUGGGAGUUGCAAAGGGAGUAGCCUCUGAUCCUUUUGUUAUUUGGUUGUGGAGAGGUGGGCUUUUCCUUUUGACUCAGUUCUAGGAAGUCAGUGCGAAUCAGCCUUACCUUCCCCGCCUCCAGAUCCUACUCUCCUGCUCAAUAACUAUGCCCAGUUAGUGUUAACUGUAACUCUCUGCUGGUCUGCCUCCUGCUAAGAAGGACUGAACAUCAAAUCACCCGCAUCGAAUCACUCAGCAAGUGAGUUCGAGGAUGAUAACCACACAAUUCUCUCUGCACGAAGGGUGGGUUUGAGAGCCUCAGGGUCUGGGGGCAGCUCUGCCAGCCAUCUGCUUACUGGCUUACUGUUUGCCUGGGGUGAGCAUGGGAAUCCCACAGGUACAAGGCCCUGCAUAUCUUUCGGGGAUUUCCGAGGCCCUCUUUCUUUGCAUGUGCUCUGGUCCAUCAAGCUCCCAUGUCAGGUGCAGUGCUUGUAGCUGCAGUAGUGACCUUAGCAGUGGCAGCAGUUGUACAGGGUCACAGAACUUUAGGGAACUUUAGGGAAGCCUCCUAACACUCCUGCUCUUCCUUAGGCUGCAGCUGCUUUCCUGUCCAUGAUUUAAGGAUCCUUGGAUCCCACCUGACCAGGAAGCUCUCCCCACACACCCCAGCCUACAUCCAGCCUCCCCCUGAGCUCCCAUGGCGUGACUGACUGUCCGGGCCCCAGCGUCCUUGUGCCCUAACUGGGGUUGUUCCACAAUGAUAUGUACCCCAGGCAUGGGGUACACUCCUAGAGAGGAGGGGCCAAGUCUUCCAUCCUUCUGACCCGCUGCAAAGCCUGAAACAAAAUUAGAUACUGAGAGUUGCUCAUUAAGUGCCUGGGUGAAUAAUGAAUAACUGAUUAAAGCCAGGGGAUUGGGUAUCACAGCACAGAGUCCCUGGGUCCUCUGAACAGUCCAAAAUAAAAUUCCAAAAUGAGAACACCAACAGGCUCUCUGGCUUGAGAGCCAAAAUGGUAGCACAAACCUAUGUCUCAGGCAUCCCUUGUGGUAAAAACAAGAAGCCAGAUACACUCUUUCUAGAGCAUGUCACACCCAAAACAACCUUGCUUUUAGUAUACGGAGGAAAAGGGGUGGAAAGUGGAGACCUGGAACCAGACAAGAAUCAAACAGGAGCAAUAAGUUCAGGGUGUGCCUCUUGUCCCAGCAUCUGGGUCAACACGGGCAAGACUGGAUGGGGUGGUGGAGAUGCUGACCUGUGCUACUGCCUCUUGGGCCUGUAAGAGCAAAUACAAUUAGAAAAAAUUUUUUUUUAGUUUUUAAUUUUUUUUUUUGAGACAGGGUCUCUCUUGUCACUCCAGCUGGAGUGCAGUGGCAUGGUCUCGGCUCCCUGCAGCAUUGACCUCCUGGGCUCAAACGAUCCUCCCACCUCAGCCUCCUGAGUAGCUGGGACUACAUGGAGUAGCCACCACACUUGGCUGAUUUUUAAUUUUUUUGUAGAGACAGGAUUUUGGCACAUUGUCCAGGCUGGUGUCAGACUCUUGGCUUCCCCUGAUCCCCAAAGUGUGGGGAUAACAGGCAGGUCUGCCAACACAAAUUGAAAGAAGAAGCCUGUUUGAUAGAUCAGUAGCGUGACUAUAAUUAACAUUAAUCCAAUAUGCAUUUCAAAAAACUAGAGGAGAUUAAUUUGAAUAUUCCUAGCAUAAAGAAAAGAUCAGUGUUUAAGGUGAUGGAUAUUCCAGUUGCCCUGAUUCAAUUAAUGUUACCAAAUUAUUCCAUGUACCUCAAAAAUAUGUACAUCUAUUGUGUACCAAUAAAAAAAAAAUAAGAGUUUUAAGAGUUUUAAUUCUCCUUGUGGAAAAUAAGGGAAGAGACUUCACCUCCCUCCCUUUUUACUUCAGGAAACUUCAAAUUUUAAGUUUGUUCCUCUGUUUCUUUGAGAUGUAUGUAAAUCUUUUAAAAAACUAAAUAGGGGCCAGGUGAGGUGACUCACACUUGUUAUCCCCAGCACUUUUGGAGGCUGUGGUGGGAGGACUGCUUGAGGCCAGGAGUUCAAGGUUACAGUGAGCCAUUAUUCCAUCACUGCACUCCAGUCUGGGCAGCAACAGAGGUCUUGUGUCUUUAAAAUAAUAAUAAAUAAUAAAUUUGAAAGUUCAGUAAGCCUCUUGGCAGCUUUAGGACUCAGAAAUACCUUUUUCAAGGACCAAGGAGCCAACCCUUUGAAACAUAAUCAUCAGAGUUUCAGCGGGAGGGUAGGAGGAGCCUGAUCUGGCAGGUGCCUCGCUCUAAGUUGCAAAACUUCCUCCUGUCCUAAAGCUAUGAGAAGUUUGUUUUUCCUUUGGAUAAACCAAUUAGCUAACACAGAUGGUGACCUCAAUUACUAGGUGAAUCUGUGGUGAGCUCUGUGCAACAAAUGGGCCUGCCGAGUCCUCUUACUUGAGGACUGAGUAGCUAUUGUCUACCUUGAGAACCUGUCUGGAACAAGUCACCUCUGCACGACUCUAUAAAAGGGCAAGGUCUCUUUCUGUCUUUGUAGUCCUUUAGGGGAUUGUGUGGGAUGUGCAUUACAUUUUGGUUUAAUGCUUAUUCACUAACAAAACAAUUUUCUUUCUCUCCUCCCUUUGUGGAGAGAUUUCCUGGAUUGGCAGAGGUUUUUUUUGUUUGUUUGUUAAUUAAUUUAUUUAUUUUUGAGAUGGAGUCUCACUCUGCUGCCCAUGCUGGAGUGCAAUGGCAUGAUCUCGGCUCACUGCAACCUCCACAACCUCUACCUCCUGAGUUCAAGCUAUUCUCCUGCCUCAGCCUUCUGAAUAGCUGGGAUUACAGGCGUGAGCCACCACACCCAGCUAAUUUUUGUAUUUUUAGUAGAGACAGGGUUUCACCACAUUGGUCAGGCUGGUCUUGAACUCCUGACCUCAUGAUCCACUUGCCUCAGCCUCCCAAAGUGCUGGGAUUGCAGAUGUGAGCCACCGCGCCCAGCCUGAGGUUUAUUUUGAAUAAUAUUUUCUCCACAGGCCCAUUGUCCUGACUCUGUGAGCUUUCAGCUGCACCCAGGAUCUGUCAGAUGGCACAGGUGAAGGAAGGGUGCUCAGCCUGAAGGCAUCCUAAUGAGCGAGGGAAAACUGAAGGAGGUUUUUGGAGGGCGCUUAGUUAGGAAUGAUGAACCUAGCUCAGCACGACUUGUGGCCUUCCCCAUGGGUAAGAGUAUGAACACCUGUGACUGCUCCUGAAGUCACUAAGUAUUUCACAGUGUGUGAAGGGUGACCCAGAGUUUCCUUCCCACGUGGCUUACAAUAGUAGCAGCUCAGGAAAAACAAAACAAUUUUUAAAAUUUAUUUAAUUUUAGAGAUGGGUUCUCACUCUGUCACCCAGGGUGGAGUACAGUGGCACAAUCAUGGCUCACUAACGCCUCAACUUUCUGGGCACCGGUGAUCCUCCCACCUCAGCCUCCUGACUGGCUAGGACUGUAGGCAUGCUCCCCAUACCUGGCUAUUUUUAAAAAUUUUUAUUAGAGACGAAAUCUUCCAGGUUGGUUUUGAACUCCUGGACUCAAGUGAACCUCCUGCCUUGGCCUCCCAAAGUGCUGGGAUUACAGGGGUGAGCCACCAUGCCUGGCUACAAAACAAUUUUAGAAAGGAAAAAAGCCUUUUAUUUUUACUUCAUUGUCUUAAUUUCCACUCCUCUGAGACAUCCACCCCCAAGGAAACUUGGCUACGUAGCUAUAGAUGAUAAGUAUUUUUAAAUUCUCCUUGAGAAGUGCCCUAAGCUGAGCCUGCUGCUUGAGUGUCCCCUGAGCUCCUUUCCAAAACCUCUUGAGUCAUCACUGACUGAGGGGAAGGAAGGGCCUGGGGUGGGGCUACCCCAAAGCUUGUGUAAGAACCUUGUAACCUACAGCUGUGGGGGAACAAAACAACCGUCAGGCUUCUGCCCCCACUGCACAGGAUUCUUGGUUCCCAGGGCUCAUCCAGUUAUCCUACGAGGAACAUGAUCCUAACUUUAAAACGGUAGAAGGGGUACAUUUGCAAAUGACUUGCUUGAAGAGUUUGAAGAAUUUAAAUCCCUGGUUUAAAAGAAUGGAUUCCCUCCACGCUAGGCUUAGGCCCAUGGAAUUCUGCCAUCACAGGUACUUUCUCUGCUUGGGUCAUGAUGCUGUUCUGCAUUUGAAGAAGCCUCACUCGAAGUGCAGGAUACAACUGAGGAAAACGUGGCUUUUCCAAUGAAAGGCUGAAGCUACCUCUGGCUGGCUGUGCCUUGGACAUUAGCGUUCUCUGAACGGCCAUAAAGAGUUUCUGCUGCUUCUUUCCCAUUUGCCAUUCCCCACCCCACCCCAGAUCCAUUCUCCUGCUUUACACACUAGGAGGUAAUUUACAUUUACAUCUCUAAUUAAUUUACAUCUCUAAUGGAGAGACUUGGCAGAACUCCAAGGGUCAGAGGAAGGAGAAGACAGAUUAUUAUUCCUUCCCUAGCCUAAAGGAGGGUGCUUGUGGGCCAGUUAUAGUAUUUAGUUCUGUGGCUCCACAGCUGGAGGCCACCCUUCCAAGUGUCUGGAAAAGGUGACAGCCCGUACCCAGGAGGUCCUGCCUGUGUGGAUGAUGACACCUAUUUGAUCCAACUUCAUAAUGGCCUCAGGCAAAGCUGUGAAGAUUCCGCCCUUUCUCUUUUUGGCAGCGUCAGCCCAUCAUUCUUUCAGGCUCUUCUCAGCUUCCAGCUUUGCUGCCUUACUAAAUGCUCUCCCAGAAAGGGCUGGAGAAUUCAUUCUCACUAAAAGGUAAAUUACUAUCCCUGCUGUUCUUCUUCUAGGGAUGUUUUCUUUGAAAAACUGAAGUCCAGGCCGGGCAUAGUGGCUCACGCCUAUAAUCUCAGCACUUUGGGAGGCCAAGGCAGGUGGAUCAUGAGGUCAGGAGUUCGAGACCAGCCUGACCAACAUGGUGAAACCCCAUCUGUACUAAAAAUACAAAAAAUUAGCUGGGCAUGGUGGUGCAUGCCUAUAAUUCCAGGUACUCCAGAGGCUGAGGCAGGAGAAUUGCCUGAACCCAGGAGGCAAAGGUUGCCGUGAGCCGAGAUCAUGCCAUUGCACUCCAGUCUGGGCAACAAGAGCGAAACUCCGUCUCAAAAAAAAAAAAAAAGAAAGAAAAAAAAACAAAA